CAUCAUCACUCUUACACCUGCACGCAAUUCUGCUGGCAAUUCGGGGCAGGUAUCAAGAAUCGGCGGAGAUAAGAGACAAAGAUCGUUCUGCGCAGCAUCAACGUCACACGCACCGAGUCGAGAUGACAGAUCAGCAAUCAGCCUUUGAGCACGCUCUUCCCUGUCCAUAUAUGCUCCUCGAACCAAGUCCUCGCGGGGAGUCUGUCUUUUGCCUUCAUGUGCUCGUCUUCGUCCUGCUAGAUACACUCAAAACUCGCGCAUCGGGCAUGCAGGAGUCCGACGAGACCAGGUUCGUUCCCGAUCCGAUCGGAGUCGAUCUGCCAGUCAUGUGCGUGCGUGCGUGCGAAACUUCGCCACCGCUCCCCUUGCCUGCCUGCGCAGACAGCCCGAUCGGAUAGCCCGUCCCCAAAAAUCCGACCAAAUUCUCGCAAUGCUUGCUCGCAGGGCCACUGAUUGUUUGACGUGGCUUUUGACGACCGGAUCAGGCACAUUGCGUUCAUGAGUCAGCAUGUUCAUCUACUCCGAC